AUGUUGAGUCUCUGCUGUUCUCAGAUGGUGCUUCUGCUAUUGCUGAGAGGUGCUGAAAAUAAUUCUGCUCAAAGAGGUUGUGGCUAUCCCCACAUGUUCUCCUCUCGGAUCAUUGGGGGGAAGAAGGCUGACGAAGGAGAAUGGCCCUGGCAGGUCAGCGUGCGAAAGAACAGGUUACACAUAUGUGGUGGAAGCCUGAUUUCAUCCCAGUGGGUGCUGACAGCUGCUCAUUGCUUUGAAGGGUUGCUGAACCUACCUGAGUACAAAAUCAACUUGGGGGAAUACGAUUUGGCCAAACCUGCGCCCAGCAUGGUCUCAUCUGCUGUCAGCCGGAUUAUAGUGCAUCCAUAUUUUGCUGGACUUGGGCUUGGCGCUGAUAUUGCAUUGGUGAGGCUGGAGGAGCCUGUAAAUUUCUCCCAAACCAUCUCGCCUGUCUGCCUUCCAAGCCGUUCAGACUCUGACAUCUUCCCUGCAGGGAUGGCCUGCUGCGUUACUGGCUGGGGCCAAAUCUUGCCAGAAGUCAAUUUGGUAGCUCGGACCUUGCAAGAGGUAGAAGUGCAGAUCAUUGAUGCUGAGCUGUGUAAUGAAAUGUACCGGAAUGAAACUGAUAGCUAUGCUAUGCCAGAGGAUUACACUCUGAUUGACAGCGACAUGAUCUGCGCUGGUUAUCCAGAGGGAAAGAAAGAUGCUUGCCAGGGGGACUCUGGGGGACCCCUUGUCUGCAAGCUGAAUGACACAUGGUAUCAGUCGGGGGUGGUAAGUUUUGGGUAUGACUGUGCCAAGCCCAAUCGCCCAGGAAUCUACACCCGGGUCUCCUCCUUCGUGGAUUGGAUUCAGCGCACCAUUGCACAGAACCGAGCCCCCAGUGCUCCUGAAGCUCCUGCUAUCCUCUCGCUCCUUCUCCUGGUCUUGGCCAAAGUCCUUUCGUGACCCACCUCAGCCUCUCCCACUGCACUUCUGAAGAGCCAUCCUGCCUCAAAAUCAAGAUCAAUGUCUGUGAGACUUUGGGUGGGC